CCUUUCAUACUGUCUACCAACGCUCUUGCCUUGUUCGCAUUGAGCCUCUGAGGUUGAUACGACCUCAAUGGCUCAUCGCUGUCAGACGGCAGGAGGCUCUGAAGCAACCCAAGCUUAUCCGUAUGUCAUACUGACAUCUGAAGUGACUCGCUCUCACAAGUUCACUGAUCGCGACCAUGCCGGCAUUGCUGAUGGCACUGCCGAGCGUGAGAUGCGACUUCCCAAAUACUUCGCCAAGUCCGGCCAUGCCGACACCGACCCGACCAAGACAAAGAAAGGUGGUAGCGGCAAGGGCAAUUGGGGCGCCGCUGGUGACGAAGUCGAAGAUAUCAGGCCCAAUAUGGCCUACGCCCGCCGUCGAAGCAACUCGUCCACCCACAACAUGAAGGACUUCAAGACCAAGUUCGAGACCAUCGAGACUGAGCCCGUCUUCGAAGAAGAGAUUCACGGCCCUCUCGGUGAAGAGCUCGAGAAGCAGAGCACCACCUCGACGGAGAACAGCAUCGCUGAAGAAGAACACGACAAGAAGAUGUAAAGGCUGAGUGUGGAGCCUACGGAUAGUGGCAUGGCUGAGUGUCGACUGGCUAGUCGGCAUGUGGGAAGCCAUCGCUUGCCGCGAACAAUUUGAUAGAGCAGAUGUCGUCGUCUUUUCAGACUGAUAUGCUCACACAUGUACCAUGUUUCUCUGGGAGGUAUUACGCUCUCUAGUACAGCCAUGCAAGUUCACACGGACAAGCAUGGUUGGAAGUUGACCACAAUGGCGUUUUCUGACAACUGUAACGAGUAUGAUGAAUGAUAAUAAAACACAAAUACAAAGCACUUGACUCCUUUGAUGUGACUCGAUCCAGAUGGCGUUCUCGUCCGAACAGACUACCUAGGUAAAAUGCAAACGGGAUUGUAGAUAUGAUAACGCGUGUUGAAAGAUAGGAAAGCCUUUGCUCAAGUCACCUGUGUAUGUAGUAUUUGUUGUCUAGCAGAGUACGGGCGUAGUGUAGUGAAUUGUCGAUGGUGCGU